AUGAAGCUCUCAAAUCCAGGGAACGUCCCUGUGUACACAGUCUCUGGCGCAUCGACAGCCCGCCCGCUCCCAGACUGGCUUGCUAGGCGGCGCAAGCGCAGUCUGAAGGACGACCCUGAAUACCAAAACCGAGUCGAGCUUCUGCAGGACUUCGAGUUCGAGGAGGCCAGCAACUGUAUUCGCAUCAGUGAGGAUGGCGAUUGGGUCGUGAGCACCGGCACCUACAAGCCGCAGAUGCACGUUCACAACCUGCCUCAGCUCUCUCUAUCCUUUGCCCGACACACAAACGCCCUGAACCACACCUUCGUCCUCCUCUCACAAGACUACUCCAAAUCUCUCCACCUGCAGAUUGACCGCAGUCUCGAGUUCCACACACCUAUGGGCUGCCAUCACAGAGUCCGCCUCCCGCGAUACGGCCGAGAUCUUAUCUACGACCGCCACUCUACCGAGGCCCUCGUCCCCGCCGUUGGACUCGACGCCGAUGGAAAGGGUGAGGUAUUCCGUAUGAACCUUGAGCUGGGACGCUUCAUGCGCUCCUACCAAGUUGACGUUGGUGGUGACGACGAGCUCACUGGCGGUGGUCUGCAGGGCGGUAUCGGCGUCGGCUGUGUCAACACGGCAGCCAUUGCCGAACAGUCUCACAACCUCCAGGCCUUUGGUACAUCUAUCGGCACCGUAGAGUUCUGGGAUCCCCGCUCAAAGUCGAGGGUUGCUGUCUUGGCGGGCCACGACGGCGAGGUCACGGCACUGGAUUUCAGCCCGACCGGACUGUCGCUGGUAACCGGCUCGUCCACGGGCAUGGUGCAGAUAUUCGACCUGCGAAGACCGGUUCCCUUGUUGAGGAAAGAUCACGGCUACGGCUUCCCCGUCAAGAAGCUGAUCCACAUGACGACAGCAUCGCAGGAGAAGAAGAUCCUGUCCGCAGACAAACGAAUCAUCAAGGUCUGGGACGAGGCCGAUGGCGAGCCUUGGACGUCGGUUGAGCCCGUUGUGGACCUCAAUGAUGUGACAUGGUGCAAGGACUCGGGUAUGAUCCUGACGGCCAAUGAGGGCAAGCAGCAGCACGCCUUCUUUGUACCGCAGCUGGGACCGGCCCCCAGGUGGUGCUCGUUCCUCGACAACCUUGUCGAAGAGAUGGCCGAGGAAACGCGCACUGAGACAUACGACAACUACAAGUUCCUCACGGUGCCCGAACUCAAGCAGCUCAGCUUGGCCCACCUGGUGGGCAAGACUAGCCUGCUGCGCCCGUACAUGCACGGUUACUUUGUCGCCUCCAAGCUUUAUGACCAGGCUAGGCUCAUAGCCAACCCCUACCUAUGGGAGGAGGAGAGGACCAAGCGCGUCAAGGAAAAAGUCGACAAGGAGCGCGCCAGCAGGAUCAGGGGCUCCAAGAAGGUCAAGGUCAACCAAAAGGUCGUGGACAAGGUGCUCAAGAAGCAGGAGAACAGGGGCACCGUCGACGAAAAGGCUGGCAUCCUGGGCGACGAUCGUUUCAAGUCCAUGUUCGAGGACGAGGAGUUCCAGGUCGACGAGAACAGCCGCGAGUUCCUCGCCCUCAACCCCAGCACCACUAUCGACAAGUCUUCCAUCCCCGAGCCAAGUGGCCCCUCUCGCUACCAGGCGCAGGACUCCGAGGACGAGUCCAGUUCGAGCGAGGACGAGAUCACCGGGCAGCCCAAGGUCCGCGACGACGACGCCGUUGUCAUGCGCGUGUCGUCGGCGAGAGACGGUGGCCGCCCCGCCAAGGACACGGCCCUGGGAUCCCGACAGCAAAAGCCGGGUCGCGAUCGGUCGCAGCGUCGCGAGAUUGUCGGCGACCAGCAAGUCACCUUCACGCCCAGCUCAAGGAAGAAGAACCAGCAGCAGGAGACACAAGAGUCCAAGCCAGUACAAAAGUCAAGGGCAAACCGCCGAAGUGCCAGCUCCAAUACGUUCAGGCGAAUGUAG